AUGGUCUUCUCGUGGAUUACAGUCAAACAGAGCCUCAGAGAUAUAUUUUCUAAGGCCGUGGAUGUUUUCACAUCCAAUCACAGAUAUGGCGUUGGCAGCACCAUUAUCCUCCUGCUCUCCUGCAGCUUUUCCAGCCUCCUGCUCAGCUCCUUGCUCCUGCUGUAUCUCCUCUACACCCUGGACUAUCAGGCUACAGUAGCUGCAGGGAUUUCUGGCUUCUUUGCGACAUUACUGACUGUUUCUCUCUUCCUGUCAAAGAGAGUACGCUGCUUAGGAACUCUGUUUGUUAUCUCCGUCUUCAUGAAGAAGAGUCGAAACCUGCUCCUGACUGCCGGCACCAGUAUUGUGGUCCUCAGAAAUAUCAGGAACACAAUUGAGAACCUCACAGGUCUGGUCACCAGUAUGAUUUGUAACAUGAAAGCAAAGAAGACAGCCAUCACUGCUCCGCUGCAUAAGUAUAUGAAGAUGCUGAAGUGGCUUGGAAGCAUACUCCAUGGAGAUCUGGGUGUGUGGAACUUAGAUUCUGACCUUAAGGUUUCACCCAGAGUGGAAUCGAGCAAAUUCAAGGAGAAACUUGCAGACGCAGAGCAGAAGCUGAAUGAAACGGUGAAGUUUGCGCAGGCUGUUCUGAGCACGGUGUCGUCUGUGACUGACAAACUGCUUCCUGCCGUCAGUUUCCUCAUACUCGUGGUCUUCAUAAUGCAGCAUAUAAAGAAAUACUGCAGUGACAUGAAAUAUGCAAACAGCUUUAUCAGCACCAGAUUCGUUCGUUUUGAUGAGAAGCAGAAGGCAGAGGGCAAACCUCACGUGCUCCCCCUGACGCCAGAGGAAAAGAAGUGCUACAUGUGUGUGCCUUUGGCCCGGCCCACUGCUCGAGAGGGGAAGACUGUGCUGAAGUUUGGAAUUCCAGUUCUGUCCCAUUUUGUGGCGUGGAUCAUAUUUAUAACUGUGGACGCUUUGUUGUAUUGGUUUGUUUAUGCCGUAACAACAGAGCUGUCAGAGCUGGAACCAUUCCACGUGCCACUGAUGAUGAGCAUCCAAGGUAUUGCAUCUUUAAUCGGCAUAAAAUUUCAGGAGGAAAACCAUAAGAAAGACUUUUCCUUCUCUGUGACGUUGUUUGAGAAGACUUGUCUUCCCAAACCCAAACUGCUGCUCUACACCUCUGUGGUCCCUCUGGUGGUCAUCCUACUCAUUCUGCUCAUUAUGGCCCUGGUGGCGGCAAAAGUCACUCAGCUCAGGCUGAUGGUCUGUGAGCAAUUCUUCUCCACAGCCGCACAGAGGCGGGUCGAGUACCUCCAUGCCAAAAUCCUCAGGAAGAGAUCAAAACAGAAGAAAGACAAGUCCAACUACUGCAGCCUCAUGUCACUCCAUUUUAAGCCACAGUUCUGGUGUCCGCUGCUGUUUCAACACAAAGAAGAUCCACAAACACAGAAUACUGUGUGA